UGCCGCCGCCCGCCCUGCGGACCCGCGCGGGACGCGGAGGCCCGGAUGUGGGCGCGCUCGCCGAGCCGCUGCCUUUGUGACGGUGCCGCCCAGCCGGCGACGCUCCCGGUGCUGCGCCUGCAGGUGCCGAUCGCAGCUUCACCUGCUUGGGAUCUCCUGUUACUCAGGAAGCGUCAGGAACGAGGAGGGCAUGGAGGCCGAGUUGCUAACUGCCCGGUCCCACACACUGGUGACCUUCAAGGACAUACUUGUGAACUUCACGAGGGAGGAGUGGAAGCUGCUGGACCCUGCUCAGCAGCUCAUGUACAAAGAUGUGAUGCUGGAGAACUACAGAAACCUGAUGUCCUUGGGGCAUCAGCUUCCCAAGCCAGAGGUGAUCCUGCAGUUGGAGAAGGGGGAGGAGCCGUGGCUGGUGGAGAGAGGAAUUCACCAAGAGACCCAUUCAGAUUUGGAGACCGCAGUUGAAGUUAAAUCAUCAACUUCCAGUAAGAGCAUUUCUAAAGAUAAGCACUCCUGUGAUGUUAAAAUGAAAACUAUGGCAAAGACUGAUCUCUGGUAUUUGUCAUUGGAAGAAGUCUGGACACGUGAAGGUCAGUUGGACAGGCCCCAGGACAGCCAGGAGAGACAUCUGAGCAUCCGUCGGGUCCUGCCACCCCCCGCAGGGCGCACAAAACUGGCCGUGAGGAUGGUCACCAGGGUCCGGACGGCUGCCGUCUGGGUCCCACCUCUCCAGGAGCGAGACAGCACAUGCGAUGGCAUCAGAGAGCUCCAAGGGGAGGGAUCCAUCCUGGGUCCAGAGACCCCUGACCAGAGGCCUCUCCCUGGAGGACCCGAGCAGAGGCACAAGAGUCCCGGGACAGAGCAGGUCCUAGAGUGGCUGUUUAUUUCCCAGGAGCAGCCGGAAGCGAAGAAGACCUGGGGACCAUUGUCAUUCAUGGAUGUGUUUGUGGACUUUACCUGGGAGGAGUGGCAGCUGCUGGACCCAGCUCAGAAGCACCUGUACAGGAGUGUGAUGUUGGAGAACUAUAGCAACCUAGUGUCCCUGGGGUAUCAACACACCAAACCGAAUAUCAUUUUCCAGUUGGAACAAGAAGAGCUGUGGAUGAUGCAAAUUCCAAGUGAGGGCCAUCUGGACGAAGUCUGGGAAAUUGAUGGUCGUAUGGAAUGGCAUAAAGAAAAUCAAGGCAAGCUAAGAAGUAUGUCAAAAGGCUAUCAGUGUACUGCAUUUGGAAAACUGUGUCUUCUUAGUACAGAUUAUGUUUCUUCAAGACAAAAACUUCAUAAAUGUGUCACAAAUGGAAAGUGUUUGAAAUAUAAUACAAACUUCAGUAAUAAUUAUGCCGGAAAGAAUCCUAAUGGGUUUCAUGCACAUAGGGAAUCGUCCAUCCAUUCUAAACAUGAGCAAGCUGUUAUUGGGAUAAAAUACUGUGAAAGUAAUGAAUCUGGAAAAACUGCCAACAGAAAGUCACAGCUCAUAUGCCAACAAAUAUGUAUGGGAGGAAAACCCUUUGAAUGCAAUUACUGUGGGAAGGCCUUCAGCAGCAAGUCAUACCUUGUGGUGCAUCAGCGAACUCAUGCAAAAGAAAAACCCUACAAAUGUAAUGGAUGUGGGAAAGACUUCAGCAGCAAGUCCUACCUCAUUGUUCAUCAGAGAACUCACACAGGAGAGAAACUACAUGAAUGCAGUGUUUGUCAGAAAACUUUCAGUUUCAAUUCACAACUUGUUAUACAUCAGAGAAUUCACACACGGGAGAAUCCCUAUGAAUGCUGUGAAUGUGGGAAAGUUUUCAGUAGGAAAGACCAGCUUGUUUCACACCAGAGAACUCAUUCAGGACAGAAACCCUAUGGGUGUCAUGACUGUGGGAAAGCUUUUGGUUUGAAAUCGCAACUUAUUAUACAUCAAAGAAUUCAUACAGGGGAGAAACCCUAUGAAUGCAGUGAUUGUCGGAAAGCCUUUAAUACAAAGUCUAACCUCAUGGUACAUCAGAGAACCCACACAGGGGAGAAACCCUAUGGUUGUAGUGAAUGUGGGAAAGCCUUUACUUUCAAGUCACAGCUCAUUGUACAUCAGGGAGCACACACUGGGGUAAAACCCUAUGGGUGUAAUCAGUGUGGAAAAGCGUUCAGUUUGAAGUCACAACUCAUUGUACAUCAGAGAAGUCACACAGGAGUGAAACCCUAUGGAUGCAUUGAGUGUGGGAAAGCUUUUAGGAGCAAGUCCUACCUCAUCAUACAUAUGAGGACUCACACAGGAGAGAAACCACAUGAAUGCAGUGAAUGCGGGAAAUCCUUCAGUUUCAAUUCACAACUUAUUGUACAUCAGAGAAUUCACACAGGGGAGAAUCCCUAUGAAUGCAGUGAAUGUGGGAAAGCCUUUAGUCGGAAAUACCAGCUCAUUUCACACCAGAGAACUCAUGCAGGGGAGAAGCCCUAUGAAUGCAGUGACUGUGGGAAAACUUUUGGUUUGAAGUCACAGCUUGUGAUACAUCAGAGAACUCAUACAGGAGAGAAACCCUUUGAAUGCGGUGAAUGUCAGAAAGCCUUUAAUACAAAGUCGAAUCUUAUUGUACAUCAGAGAACCCACACAGGAGAGAAACCCUAUGGUUGUAGUGAAUGUGGGAAAUCCUUUACUUUCAAGUCACAGCUUAUUGUACAUCAGGGAGCACACACUGGGGUAAAACCCUAUGGGUGUAAUCAGUGUGGAAAAGCCUUCAGUUUGAAGUCACAGCUCAUUGUACAUCAGAGAAGUCACACAGGAUUGAAACCCUAUGGAUGCAUUGAAUGUGGGAAGGCUUUUAGGAGCAAGUCCUACCUCAUUAUACAUAUGAGGACUCACACAGGAGAGAAACCACAUGAAUGCAGUGAAUGCGGGAAAUCCUUUAGUUUCAAUUCACAACUUAUUGUACAUCAGAGAAUUCACACAGGGGAGAAUCCCUAUGAAUGCAGUGAAUGUGGGAAAGCCUUUAAUAGAAAAGAUCAGCUCAUCUCACAUCAGCGAACUCAUGCUGGGGAAAAACCUUAUGGGUGCAGUGAGUGUGGGAAAGCCUUUAGUAGCAAGUCAUACCUCAUUAUACACAUGAGAACUCAUUCUGGAGAGAAACCGUAUGAAUGCCACAAAUGCGGGAAAGCCUUCAUUUGGAAGUCGCUACUCAUUGUACACGAGCGCACUCAUGCAGGGGAAAACCCUUAUAAAUGCAGUCAAUGUGAGAAGUCCUUCAGUGGAAAAUUACGGCUCAUUGUACAUCAGAGAAUGCACACAAGAGAGAAGCCCUAUGAAUGCAACGAGUGUGAAAAAGCCUUCAUUAGGAAGUCUCAGCUCAUUGUGCAUCAGAGGACUCAUUCAGGGGAGAAACCCUAUGGAUGCAGUGAAUGUGGAAAAACCUUCUCUCAGAAGUCAAUUCUCAGUGCACAUCAGAGGACUCAUACAGGAGAGAAACCCUGUAAGUGCAUUGAAUGUGGGAAGGCCUUUUGUUGGAAGUCACAGCUCAUUAUGCAUCAGAGAACUCACGCAGAUGAGAAACAUAUUGGUGAAGUAAAUGUAAGAAACUUUCUCUCAAAAGUCAGUUCACAGGAAUUCCCAGAAAAUUUGUACAGGAGAGAAACUCUGUAAAUGGAAUCAUCUCACUGUACACCAUGUAUAUGUGGCAUGUGGCACAAAAAAUAUCGGUAUAUGUGCACAAGGGACUCUGUGAAUUCAGUGAACCCUAUGAAAGUUCUUAGCAGGAAGUCUUGUAAGUUUGUGCAGGUGAGGAACAUUAUGAAUGAAAUGAAUGUCAGAAAGCCAUUUUUUAAUAUGCUAACAUCCACAAUGAGGAAAUUCCAUAAUACAAAUGAAUAUAGAAUACAGUCCUUUGAAAUUCAUAGUUUAUUAAGAAUUAGGAUUUUGAUGAGAGAAAACAUAAAUGAAUGAAUUGCAGGUAUCAUAAGCUCAUACCUUGGAGAAACCAUGCUAUAAGUUAGGGAAAUUCUUCAUCUAGGAAUGACAAACUUCUAGUAAAAAAAAAAAAAGAAAAAAAAUAUUGAAUGAAUGAAGAUCUAUGAAUAUUUUAGAUGGGGUAAACACUCAACAGGAAGGUUUAUUUACUGUUAUUUUGAUUCAUUUGGAAAAAAAUAAUUUCCUUUACAAAUUAAGGGAAAUUAUGUUCCAAAUGUUCCAAACUUUUAGGAGAUGAUUGGAGAAAGUAUUCAACUAUCAAUGAUAGGCAUGUUCAUAGUGGAACAUAAAGAUUUUUUAACCUGUGUAAAUAAAUGUAAUAAUCAGGAUAACAAUAAGGACUACAUCAUAAGACCUGCAGGGAUGUUUAGGUGUUAUCUUCCUUUCUGUACUAUAAAAUAUGUUUUGUGUAGUUUUGCAUAUUCUUGUGAAUGCCACAUUUGAUAGAUAAGUUAGCUAGAUAACAGUACCAUUUUCCAGGGGUUUCUACUCUGCAUAGGGACGUUCUUAUUUAAAAAUACAACUUUUUACUAGAAUAAUAUGGCAUUAAAAGUGCAUUUCCAUACUUUAAACCUUUUCUGUUAUUUAGUAUCCUUUGUAAAUGGUCCUGAAAGCUACCUCUUUAGUUAUAUAAUCAAUAUAGUGCACGUUUCAUGUGAUUGUGUAUCUGCAAUCUGUUCUGCCUUCUCUGGUUAGAACACCUUGAUUUCCUUUAAGAGAAUUCACAGUAUAUGCAGUCAUGAUGGGAUCAUCAUUCAAGGUGCCCUGCCAGGAGUUGGCUGAGAUAGUUCAGAAUAUAAAUUUUUAAUGGACUCCUUAGUACAGAAAAUCAAACUUAGCUUUUGUUCUCAGGUAGCAUCUUGCUGCUAGUAUUAAUUAGUUCCUUCUAUAUAGAUUACCCAGAAUAGCUUUAGUUAUUGUCCCUUUUUAAUCCUAGUUCACUUCUCUGUUAAUUUGAACUAUCUUGUAUCCUCUCAGUACAUUUAAGUGAUACCUUUAAGUGAUGCUGCUGAAGUGUGUAUGUAUAGCUAUAGAUUCAGGAUGGUGAAAAGUCACUCUACCACUUGCUUACUUACAAAGUCAGUUUUUUUCACAGCCUCACCAAUUACCUUAUGUGAAUGAGCAUUAAUCUGAAAAUUAGGUUAGGCUAUCUUGGAGGAAUAUGAGGAUUCAAAACUGCAAAUAUUCCUGAAACACCCACUACUUUGUUCUCUUUACUUCAGUGGGGAAUCCCAUCUCUUACCCAAAGAAACUGCAUCUUCCUUGAAGGACGUAGUCAGUGAUUUCUGAAUCCCAAGUCCUUAUGUGUUCAGCUCAUUAUUAUUAUCCAAUGUCAAUAGACCUGGGGUGAAGAAUGAUGAUUUACAGAAGGGAAGAGAAGGCUUGUAUAAGGAAAGAAUUUCAGAUAUCUGCUACAGUCUCUCCCUUAAACCUGGAAAAUAUCAUGAAUAUGUAUUUUGUCAUUGAUGUUCCAAGGAAGAUACAUACACAAAAUAAAGAAUAAACACAUAUUCUGUUUCCCACUAUCCAGGGUCAAUUAGAUUUUAAAGGUGCUGUAUUGUGUGAUGCAAAUCCACAUUCAGCCUCUCCCAGUAGAAGCCAGAGAUGUCAACAUAAUGUUGAAAGCAUAAAUCAAAUACUGUGUGAAAGGAUAAUGCUGGAUUGGGUCUGAUUUUAAAUGAAAUGGAAAAUUUUCCAGAUAAAUGAAACUUAACAAAAAUCAAUAGAUCAGCAACCAGUAAACAAAAUAGGAAAGUUAAAAAUUGAAUUUCUGGCUUGAAAAUCUACCUAGUUCCUCUAACUCUG